GUUUGCCACAUCCGCAGUGGAGGAGGCGCCACCAGAUCAGUUUAAUGAUGGAAGUGCCGCCGCCCAAUUGCGCAACCGAUAGAUCCAUGUCUCAAUAUUAAGUUCAUUUAUUGCAACAUCCGUGCGGUAGCGAAUCGGAGGCCCAAAAGGCAAUCGACACCAAUCGGAUCGACUUGCGGAUUUCGAGGUCAUUGUGCAGACUGACUGAGGUGGGUGGAGAUGGGCUGUGCUGGGUGCCGGUGGUGCCUCAAAUUACGCGCAGGUGGUAUAAAACACCCAACUUGACGGCAGAGCAGCAUCAGUUCAACCAUUGCGAUCUAGAGAAUAGGAUGCACAGCUACACUUGGACGAUUCUGGCCGGUCUCUUGGCCCUAGGCAGCUCGGCAGCAGGAUUGGGUAUCCAGAGGCAGAGCAACGGCUACCAGGAGCAGGACACGGCCCGAGCAUUCUACUCCUACGGCUAUAGGGACGACAACGCCGCCAGGGCGGAGUACUCAUCCCUGGACGGCACCUCCAGGGGCUUCUACUCCUACGUGGAUGCAAAUGGCAAGCUUCAGACCGUCCGCUACGAGGCUAACGGAGCUCAGGGUUUCAAGGCGGAAGCCAGCAACCAGCCCCAGGCUCCGGUGGACGACGGAAAGGCACCACUGCCAGUGACCGACACGGAGGAAGUGCAGCAGGCCCGUCUGGCUCAUCUGAACGCUCUGCGAGAUGCGAGGGAGGAGGCUCUGGCCGCUAGUUUGCGCGAGGAGGCCGACCGCAGGCAGCAGGAUCAGAGUAGGAACAACAACCAGGACCAGCAGUCGGGCGAGCAGAACUUAACCGACGAGGAUGCGGCAAUCCUAGAGCGAGUGCGAGCCGAACUUGCAGCUAUGUUGGCUGAACGUCAGCGUUUGGGGGAUCUGUCCAGAAACAGGGAUGAUCAAGAAGAACGCCAGGAGCAAAGACAGGAGCUGAGAAAGGAGCAGAGACAGGAGCUGAGACAGGAGCAAAGACAAGACCAACGGCAGAGUCUGAGACAGGAUCAGCGACAGGAACAGAGACAAGAUCUGCGACAGGAUGAGCGACAGAAUCUGAGACAGGAGCAGCGGGAAGACCGACGACAGGAUCAGCGGGAAGACCGACGACAGGAUCUGCGGGAAGAUCGACGACAGGAUCAACUUGAAGAUCGACGACAGGAGCAGCGGGAAGAUCGCCGACAGGAACAGAGGGAAGAUCGCCAGAGGGAAGAUCUGAGGCAGAACAGCCGCCAAAAUGAGCGCCAAAGCCAGCGACUUGAUCAGUCCCGAAACCAAGAAGCCCGAGAUGAUUUGACCCUUAACCGGGAGGAUGCACGUCAGAACGAUCGUCAGCUCUCUCAAGCCUCCCUUACCUCCGAUCGCACCGAGGACGAUCUCCGCCUGCGCACCAUCUACUCCCUGGCCGAUCUCAGCUCAAGCAGCUACCUGAAACUGGGUGACCUGACCAGUGCCGAGAAGUUGCUGGAAGAUCGUCUGGACAACAGUGAUCUUCGUGUGCCCAUCAGCGCCUACUACACUCUGCUCUCGCCCAACACCAAGUACAGUGUUACCACUCCCACGGAGCUGAGAACCCUGCGUCCGGUGGCUCUCAGUCGCAGUUUGUUGGUCAACAAACGCAACUGAAGGAGACUUCCGAUUGGGAAAGAUGCACUCCAGCCGGCUAAUGAUCGCUGAAUGAAAUAAGGUCUAACUAUAAUGAUUUGUUUCCUAAGAAUAAAUGCAAGGCAGAGCACCAUUGUGCCAAAAAUGUUACUCUUUUUAUGAAAAGUUUGGGAGAAGACUAUCUUAAAG